ACAAAUCCUUUAUUCUCUCUGUCUUGUCUUUUCUUUGCAUUGCAUCGCCUUUGUUGUUGUUGUUGCUGCUGCUUUUCUGGUAUUUGCAUGGACUGGCGGAUAUAGUAUCGCAUAGUCAUCCUUCUCCUGCCCAGGCUUCCUUCUCGUCCCUCCCGCGAUGACGUCUGCCUUGCGGCCUAUAUCGUCCGUCGCCGUCCUCGGCGGCGGAAUAUCAGGACUCUCGACCGCAUACUACCUAUCCCGGCUUUUGCCCAAAACCGUGCCGAUCACGAUCUACGAGGCGUCCGGCAGAGUGGGCGGGUACAUCGAGAGCACGAAAUUACAGCUCCCUGCUGCGUCGAUCGACGGAGCAGGAGGAGAGAAGAAUGAGGAUGUGCUGUUUGAGCAUGGGCCGAGGACGUUGCGUGUGAGUAAGCGGGUUAGCUCGCUCAAUAUGUUUGACUUGAUCAACUCGCUAGGAAUGGCAGACGAGCUCAUCGUCGUCCCCAAAGACUCCGCCGCCGCGCGCAACCGCUACAUCUACUACAAAGGCCGCAUCAACAUGAUCCCUUACUCCCUAUCCUCGAUCCUGCGCUUCUACUUUUCGCAGGCGCUCUUCCGCGGCAUGUUGCCCGAAGUCAUCCGCGAGCCGUUCAGACGCAAUCAGCCGCCGAAGGAGAUGCGCGAGCAGGAGGACGAGACGAUUGGGAGUUUUAUGAAUCGCCGGUUUGGGCCGCGUAUCGCGGAUAGGCUGAUGUCGGGGGUUAUUCAUGGGAUUUAUGCGGGUGAUAUUUAUCAGCUUAGUGUACGAAGUAUAUUGGAGUAUCUCUGGAAGCGGGAGCGGACGACGGGGAGUAUUAUCCCUUUCCCGUUCUCUUGGAAUAGGAAACAGACACAGAAGAAGGACGAGGCAGAGACACCGGCGGACGUCAAUCUAUACGAGCAACGAGGGAAAGACUACGCAGUUCAAGUUGUCGAUCAACACCGGUCGUUUUUCAAUCGGCUGGAAGGAGCGAGCGUUGUCUCGUUUACAAAAGGCAUGCAGUCGAUCAUCAACCACCUCGAGGACUACCUGAGCGCCCUCCCGAACGUGACGAUAAAACGCAACAUGAGCGUGACCGAGCUUAAGAACGUCGUGGACGGCGUGAUGGUCAGUACCGCAACGGGCGAGUCGCACACCUACUCGCGCGUGUUUAGCGCAAUGCCGGCGCGCAAGCUGGCCGAGAUCACCGAGUUCACUGCGCCGGGGCUGUCGCAGUGCCUGAAGCGGAUCCCGUCGGUGUCGGUGAACGUCGUCAAUCUGUUUUUUUCCAAACCUCGGUUACUGCCAGUCACGGGAUUUGGAUACCUGCUGCCGCGGGCGAUUCCUCGCAGCGAUAAUCCCGAGCGAGCGCUUGGGGUUGUGUUUGACUCCGACACGGUGUCGAAGGAUGCCGGAGAAGGCAAGAUCCCGGGGAGUCUGCAGGAUAGUGUGGACGGGACCAAAGUGACGGUGAUGCUGGGAGGACACUGGUGGGAUACGACAAAGGAGGAAGGCACGCCGGCGGUGAAGGACGCGGAGGAAGCGAUUACGAACGCACGAACGCUGAUUGCGCGACAGAUGGGCGUGACCGAGGAGCCUGCGCUCGCGCAGUCGACGUUCCAAGAGUCGUGUAUUCCGCAGUACGUGGUGGGCCAUGCUGCGAACCUGAAGCGGAUCCACGAGGCGGUGCUGGGUGGGUUUGGCGGGAAGGUUGCGGUCGUGGGCGCGUCGUAUCUCGGCGUGUCGGUGAACGACUGUGUUUACUACUCGAGGAUUGCGGCGGAGGACGUUGUUGCCGGGCGACGGGUGUCUGGACUGGAGGCGAGCGGGGUGUAAAUAGGCAUUUGUAACAUUUCCGAGGGCGAUAGAGUAAAGAGCUCAGCGCGCCACGGUGUACAUUAUCAUAUUAAUUACGAGCGAUACGGUAGAUUAGCAAUAGCAAUCUCGAUAAUGAACAGCAGACAGCCAAGUGCCUUAAUGUAGGCAGAUCCAGUAUUCUUCCAGCCCAGCCGAGCUGUCUGCUUCUCUCUUCGAUGCUCCGCCGGUGGAAAUCGGACUUCGGCAAAGUUAUCUGCGGACUGCACUCAGAUUGCGGCUUGCACAGUGGCGGUGCUGUGGCUGGCGGGGCGACGCGGCAGUG